AUGUGGACUCGCACGCUCAUUCUCCCACUGCUCUUCACCCUCUUCGGAGCUACAGUGAGCAUACCUACGGAGCCCAUGCGAGCGAACGACCAAUCCCUUGACGACAGCACCGAAUUAAAGAACGAAGUCAUGAAAAAAUACUCGGAAGCCCGAGCAGAAUGCAUAAAUGAGGAAAACAUAGGAGAAGUCGCGGCCAAGAAAUUCGAGGCAACACAGAAGGUGACACCUGAGUUGCACUGUUAUGCUGGCUGUGUGGGCUAUAAGAUGGGCAUAAUAAAGAAAGAGGGAGGUUUCAAUGAAGAGGCGUGGAUGGGGUUUGUAUCUAAGAUCGGCGACGACGAGAAGAGGCAGAAAUUGUUGCACGUGGGAACAAUGACGACUAAUGCGCUUGAUGGGCUGGAUCGGUGUGAGUCCGGGAAUGAGCUUUCGGAGAUUUCGCAUGUACUUAAGGAAUUGAAGGACUAUUAG